CUACACACACACACACACACACACACACACACACAGGACCCCCCAUUCCUCCCCAGCCCCCGAUGCCAGGCUCCUGACCUGCGGGGGGGGGAAGGCACCAGGCUGGCCUUGGGCUGGCUGGCAAGGCUGGCAAGGGCACCCCUAGGACCCCCUCGCCCCCAGCCCAGCCCUCCUUCCCUGGCAGCCAGAGAGAGAGUGAGAGAGCUCAGCCUCAGCCUCGUGGAGAAAGUGGGGGAGGCCAGUGGGGAUCCUGAACCCCAGACUAUCUGAUGUUCUACAGGCUUCGCCCAGCUAGGGGCUCGCCUCAAGGAAGAAGGGAUGGAUUGCUUGUGCAUCGUGACCACCAAGAAAUAUCGUUACCAAGAUGAAGACAGUCCCCCGCUGGAGCACAGCCCUGCCCACCUCCCCAACCAGGUAAAGGCCCCCGAGCUGGUCCACGUGGCGGAGAAGAACCUAUCCCAGAUCGAGAGCGUCCACGGCUACGUGUCUCACUCCCACAUCUCCCCCAUGAAGGCGAACUCCCCACCGGUAAUUGUCAACACAGAUACCUUAGAAGCACCAGCGUAUGUAAAUGGGACAGAAGGCGAAAUGGAAUAUGAGGAGAUAACUCUGGAACGGGGUAACUCCGGUUUGGGGUUCAGUAUCGCCGGUGGCACGGAUAACCCCCACGUUGGGGAUGACCCCAGCAUUUUCAUUACCAAGAUCAUCCCCGGAGGAGCAGCUGCGCAAGAUGGAAGGCUUAGGGUGAACGACAGCAUCCUCUUUGUGAACGAUGUCGAUGUCCGGGAGGUCACACACAGCACGGCUGUCGAGGCCUUGAAAGAGGCCGGCUCCAUCGUCCGCCUCUAUGUCAUGCGCCGGAAACCCUUGGCCGAGAAAGUCAUGGAGAUCAAGCUGAUCAAAGGCCCCAAAGGUCUGGGUUUCAGCAUCGCAGGUGGAGUGGGCAACCAGCACAUCCCCGGUGACAAUAGCAUCUACGUCACCAAAAUCAUUGAGGGCGGUGCAGCCCACAAAGAUGGACGCUUGCAGAUCGGGGAUAAGAUUUUGGCGGUAAAUAACGUGAGUCUAGAAGACGUGAUGCAUGAAGACGCCGUGGCCGCCCUGAAGAACACAUACGACGUUGUCUACCUGAAAGUGGCCAAGCCCACAAACGUUUACCUGAACGAUUCCUAUGCCCCACCCGACAUCACUUCCUCCUACUCCCAGCAUCUGGACAAUGAAAUUGGUCACCAGAGCUACCUGGGCACGGAUUAUCCACAAGCCAUGACCCCGACCUCGCCUCGGAGGUACUCCCCCAUCCCCAAGGAGCUGAUGGGAGAGGAGGAUAUACCCAGGGAACCUCGCAGGAUCGUCAUCCACCGCGGCUCAACAGGGCUGGGCUUCAACAUUGUGGGCGGCGAAGACGGCGAGGGGAUUUUCAUCUCCUUCAUUCUGGCCGGGGGUCCGGCCGACCUCAGUGGGGAGCUACGGAAAGGGGACCAGAUCCUCUCGGUCAAUGGUGUGGAUCUCAGGAACGCGACGCACGAGCAGGCCGCCAUUGCACUGAAAAAUGCCGGGCAGACGGUCACGAUCAUUGCUCAGUACAAGCCAGAUGAGUACAGCCGCUUUGAGGCUAAGAUCCACGAUCUCCGGGAACAGCUGAUGAACAGCAGUUUGGGCUCAGGGACAGCUUCACUGCGGAGCAACCCCAAGCGGGGUUUUUAUAUACGGGCGCUCUUUGACUAUGACAAGACGAAGGAUUGUGGCUUCCUAAGUCAAGCUCUGAGCUUCCAUUUUGGCGAUGUCCUCCAUGUGAUUGACGCUUCCGACGAGGAAUGGUGGCAGGCGCGGCGCGUCCAUCCGGAUGGCGACAGCGACGAGAUUGGCUUUAUCCCCAGCAAAAGACGGGUCGAGCGACGGGAGUGGACGCGGCUAAAAGCAAAAGAUCGGGUGCCAGGAUCAGGCUCUCAAGGUCGGGAAGAUGCCGUCUUAAGCUACGAAACUGUUGUACAAAUGGAAGUUCACUACGCCCGUCCCAUCAUUAUCUUGGGCCCCACCAAGGACCGAGUCAAUGAUGACCUCCUCUCUGAGUUUCCUGACAAAUUCGGUUCCUGCGUCCCACACACUACACGGCCGAAACGGGAAUACGAAGUGGAUGGACGGGACUACCAUUUUGUCGCCUCGCGGGAGAAGAUGGAGAAAGACAUCCAAAGCCACAAAUUCAUUGAGGCUGGGCAGUACAACAGCCACCUUUACGGGACAAGUGUCCAGUCAGUGCGCGAAGUGGCCGAACAGGGCAAGCACUGCAUUUUGGACGUUUCGGCCAAUGCCGUCCGGAGGCUGCAGGCGGCUCAGCUCCACCCAAUCGCUGUUUUUAUUCGGCCGCGCUCCCUCGAGAAUGUUCUAGAAAUUAACAAGCGGAUAACGGAGGAGCAGGCGCGGAAAGCCUUUGACAGAGCCACCAAACUCGAGCAGGAGUUUACAGAGUGCUUCUCAGCCAUCGUAGAAGGAGACAGCUUUGAAGAGAUCUACCACAAGAUCAAAAGGAUCAUUGAGGAGCUCUCCGGCCCCUACAUCUGGAUCCCUGCUCGCGAGAGACUUUAGGAUCUAUGACGAACUGCUUUCUUUUCUUUUUCUUUUUCUGGGAAGAGAUCGUGUAAACAAACCACCGACUCUCUUUUGCGACGGAGGCGUCUCUGGAGAAGGAGGCCGUCUCUGUCUCUUGCCACUGAACUUAGCUGUUUGGUUAAUAUUUUGGGGAUCGGGUGGGGAUGUCUUGGAAUGGGCUUCUUUCGUUUCUUCCUUUAUUCUUUAUUAUUCUCAUCUAUAUAUUUUCUCCUGUCCUUUUUCCCCCUUCUUGCGUGAUCCAGCCACCCCCAGCUCCCCACCUCAAUCCUGGUUCAAAAUGCUCCCUUUAUUAUUAUUAUUAUUAUUAUUAUUUUAAUAUCCGCAGCAACGGGGGUGCUUUUUUCUCUCCCCCCCCCCCAUCCCCAACAGCUCUAGCGCAUGCAUGCUGUCAUUUGGGGGGGGGCAGAUGAUGGCAUUGUGGGGAGAAUAAAACAUGUUGACCUUUUUACAAGUGGCAGGGUACGCAGCAGGUCAUGGGAGGAAGACAGAAGCAGAACGUAGGAAGACAAAUGCAAAACUUAGGAAGACAGAAGCAAAACUUAGGAAGACAGAGUGUUUUCAAAGCAAUUGUCUGCAAAAAAGCCACUUUUGACGAGUUUUACCAUUUCUUGUUUUUCUGGGAGGGGGCCAAGCUAGGACCUGAAAGCAGGAAAAAGAGUUUAGUGCAGAGGUGACCCUCCCUUUUUGAGUUAUGAUCAUUAUUGGAGCAGAAAGGGGAUAAGUUUGGACGUUUGGCUAGGAAGGAAACGCGGCCCUCGUACACUUCAGCGUCAAAAGGUGAAGCAAAUUGACCAUUCUACGUUUUGUUUUGUUCCGUUUUUAAAAUCUAUUUCCUUUGGGAAGGAGAGGUUAAGUUUCCGUUCCUUUCCGCUGUAUUUUUGGCUGAGAAUCAUUUGCGACUGAAACAAGCACAGAUCCAGGACUAAUGAAGCCAAGAUAAUUCUUGCUUGCAAGUGCAGUCAGAUGACUUUGGGACGUAUAAUAUAUAAUAUACAUAUAUUAUAUAUUAUUACUAUUAUUCUUGAUAUUAUUUUUCAUUGAUUUUUUCCCUUCUUUUGAUUUUCUCUUUGGGUUUUCCCCCCUCUUCUGUGCAUGAAGGCUCAGUGUGGCUUCAAGGCUUAACAAAGAAGGUCAGGAAAUCAGAACAAACAAACAAACAAAAAAGGGAAACAUUUUGCUGAUUUAUAUUUUUCUUUCUGGGUGGGAAAGUGGGGAAGGGGAGAGGAGGGGAAAAAGAGAGAGAAGAUAAAAAACAGAAAUAGAGUUUUUCAAUGUCCUGUGACUAUUUUUGGGGGGUCAUAUCAAGUAUUUUGGUGCGGCUGUGUGUGAUGUAUGAAAACAAAAACAAAAAAUACAAAAAAUUACAAAGGAGAACAGUUUUAGGGAUGGGAGUUAUAUUUCAGAGGGCUGUAUCGAUUUCACAUUGGAAGAUUUUAAUUUCCAAAUCUCUAAUGGAUUAUUAUUAUUAUUUUUUUGUAUAUAAAGAAAAACAGAAAGAGAGAGAAUGGACUCGGAUUCGGAGGGAGGGGGCCGGGAAACGUAACCGCCUCUGCCCCCCUCCCACCGCUCCAACCGUUGUUAGCCCCCCGCAAGACACACAAUUCUCAAUCGCAUUGGCAUUGGGCACAGAGGGGUGGGGAGAGUUUAAACCUCUAAUAAUAGGAAGGAAAAGUUUCUUGCUCUGUGGAAGGGUUUACUUCCUUAGCUGCCAUGAUGUUGAGUGACGCAGAUUCGGUGCCGUACGCUUCGCUCAAGCUUUCGUUGGAAAUACGAUGGGUUUUUGUUUCCCCUCGUCCCCUUUUCCAAAAGGCAGCCAUGUUAGUAGGAUUAAACUCGUAGAGGAAGGGCCUCAACCUCAGUGUUGCCUAGAAAGCCUAAACUGGGCACGACUUUGGACUGAGAACGGUCUGAAGGAAAACGAUUCCCCUGCAACCCUUGUGAUUCCACACCGUUGACCUUUCUUUUCUUUUCAAACAAGCAUCCAGCCGAGGAGAGCUCCCAGCGAAGCAAACUGGGAAGGAUAGUCCGGAGGAAACGAGCCACACACGUUUAGGGGCAGGCAACAAUCGGGGCCGCGUGUCCGUCCGUCCGUCCACAUGCCCCCCACCUCACUCCGAGGCCAAUGGUUUUGGCCAGGAGGAGAGAGAAUAGGGGUUUUGUUGUAUUUUUCGUGACCCUAAGCAAAGGGUUUAUCUGUGGCCGCAUACGGCCCGACAUUAUGGCCCACUGAUCCCGGUUAACGGUUUGAUCGGGGUCUGCCCCUCUUUUCCUGUGGACCCCUUCUAAGCGAUGCCGCUCCAAGCCAGAGGAGGGGGAGACUUGGCUACCGAGCUCAACGGAGGUGGCUAAAGGCCUGCCUUCUCUUUGGCCCCUCGUUGCAGCUCCAAAUUCGAGAGACACCUCUCGUCAUUGUGCCGACUCGUCAAGGGCUUUCUCAAAAGGGACGGGAUCCCUGUUGCCCCCCGUCGCCUCAAAUAUAUAUAUGUAUAUGUAUAUCUAGUGUGUUGGCACUGAAAAAAAAGGGUCCGUCAGACUCCGAAGACUUCCUCCACCUCCUCCUCCUCCUCCUCCUCGCUGGGGCAUUACUUAAAGCAACAGCAACACAAAACCUUAACAACAACAACAACAAAAAAGACAAAAGAGGAUGUAAUUGAAAGUUGUUUCUUGCUGGGGGCCAUGUGAGGUUU